GGAGCAUUUUCCAAUUUCAAUUUGAACGGGGCAUGAGCAAUAAACCCCACAAUCUCGGUUGUUGGUCUCUUUUACUCAGCAAGUGAAGAAGAGGAGAAAAGAGAAAAGCUUUCCAAAAUGUUCAAACUAUCGCGGGUGCUUCAUCUGACCUCCACUUCUAGGCAUAGGCUGUUGGAAGUGUUGUCGUCUAGGAAUGUUGAAGUUGGAGACUCUCUGUGGGAUCGGCGUGAUUUUACCCAUUCAGCCGGCAUUUCUACUGCUACAAAUAAUUAUGCUGCUAAAGGGUAUGCCUCGGAUCGUAUAUUUGCUCCUUAUACUGUUUACAAGGGCAAAGCGGCAUUCUCGUUGAGUCCCUGUCUUCCAACUUUUACUAAGUUGGAUUCCGGGACUGUUGUAGUUGAUCGACGUGGUUCAAUCAUGAUGACUUUCAUGCAUUCUAUUGGAGAACGCAAAUAUGACUGGGAGAAGAGACAGAGAUUUGCUCUCUCAGCCACUGAAGUUGGUUCUUUGAUAAAUAUGGGCUCUCAAGAUUCCUCUGAAUUCUUUCAUGACCCUUCAAUGUUAUCAAGUAAUGCUGGCCAAGUAAGAAAGAGCUUAUCUAUUAAGCCCAAUGCAAACAGCAAUGGAUACUUUGUGUCAUUGAAUGUUGUCAACAACCUGUUAAACACCAAAGACUACUUCAGUGUUCCUGUCACAGCUGCCGAGUUUGCUGUAAUGAAGACUGCUUGCAGUUUUGCAUUGCCACACAUUAUGGGUUGGGACCAGAUAACUAAUCCGCAAUCCAGAGGCACAGUGGGCAUUCAACGGAAGGGUGGCUCUCAAGUUUUAGAUUUGGAAUGGGAAAAAUGAAUUGCUGCAGAGGAAUAUGAAAUGGAUCCUUGUUUGUUUCGCAAUUCCAUUUCUAUAUUGUCAAUUUGAAGACUAGGAUUACUAGUUAUCAAUUUUGUAUAUUAUAACUGGCAAUAUUUGAUCAGGUGUCAGUAGCUUUUUGCCAUUAACCAUGUUAUUGUGUUGUCAUAUAACUUGUAAAACCACUCAGGUCUUCUGUCUGGUUUUGAAAAUACUAUCUGGCUGUUUGAACAUCAACAGUCUGAUUGCAACACGGACGAAUAUGAGUCGUCAAGUUAAAUGCUAACAGAUUUAAUAGUUAGUUGA